GACCAAACCCUCUAGAAAGUACGGAUAAACAAGAUUAAAAAAAAAAAAAUAUUGCAACUUGCCAUUUAUUACAAAUUUUUAAAUCAUUUUUUAAAUGAAGAAAAUGAUGAGAUGGGAAGCUCUGGACCUUUCGCUAUUGGAGGAGCUGCCAGUGGUGGCGGUGCAUUUUGGACGCUUCUGUUGAGACCUCCUCCUCUUACUCCAAUUUUCUCUCCCGAUUCAGUCAAUUAACUGAAUCUCAGGUAUUUUCGGCGAUCGUUUGACCUUUUUCCGGUCAGGAAUUUACCCUGUUUUUGCUGAAGUUACCUGGAUGGUGACUAGUGAUUAUAUGACCGUGAACAGCAAUGCGUUUAGCAAGAUGGAAGACGACUACAUCAGGAGGCACCACAAGCAUGAGGUUAAAGACCACCAGUGUAGCUCUUCUCUAGUUAAACACAUCAAAGCGCCAGUUCAUCUCGUGUGGUCUCUGGUGAGGAGAUUUGAUCAGCCGCAGAGGUAUAAGCCUUUCAUAAGUAGGUGCAUUGUACAGGGAGACCUUCAGAUUGGUAGUGUUAGGGAGGUGAAUGUUAAGUCGGGGCUUCCAGCUACCACUAGCACUGAACGAUUGGAGCUAUUAGAUGAUGAGGAGCAUAUAUUUAGGAUGACAAUUGUUGGAGGAGAUCAUAGGCUUAAGAACUAUUCAUCCAUCGUUACUGUCCAUCCUGAGGUCGUUGAUGGGAGACCGGGGACAAUGGUCAUUGAGUCAUUUGUGGUCGAUGUGCCAGAUGGGAACACCAAGGAUGAAACAUGUUACUUUAUUGAGGCCCUGAUAAAAUGCAACCUGAAGUCCCUAGCUGAUGUAUCGGAACGUUUGGCUGUGCAAGACCGAACUGAGCCCAUUGAGAGGAUGUAAGAGUCUCCACCCUGGGAAGACCAAAUAGCUUGUAAGUUGUUUCUGUUGGGUAUGACCGUAUAUAUAGCUUUCUUUCUGGAUGUUGUUUACCGUUCAUUAUGCUAUGUAGAUCCUCAGGCUUGGACACCGAUAACAAUGCAGAGUCUCCAAAGUUAAGGAGUGCAAAGAACCAUUGCACUUUUAGUGGGGUGGUGAAGGUUGAACUUUGUGUUGCCCCAGCUGUGACGCAAAAUGUUAGGCUGAAACGCUGAUAGGAUUUUCCUUCUUUCCCCCCAUUCAUCCUCUCCGUGGUUCCCCUUUCUCACCUUAUUCUAGUGAAUUGAAAAAGACCUGUCUUUCCAACGGAUUUAGUAGGAAAAAAACGAAAGUAGUACAGUGGGUUAGGAUUUUCCAUGUUGUGGUGCAUAUGUUAAAAGUAGGAUAAGGUUCAUGAAUAGCAUGUGAUCUACAUUGAAAUGGAGAUUGACAUUUCGGUUUCUGCAAUCUGGUCUUUAGGAUCAGUUAAACGAUGAUGAAUUCCCUGAUCUUUAUGUAACUCGUCCCUUCUCCAUUUCUUC